AUGUCGAAUUUUUCUAAAGAUCAACCAUCAAUUCGUGUCCAUGCACCACCAGGUGGUCGUAGUACUAAUAUAUUUGGUAUACCUGAACCUGAAGCACCUAUGCCAACAAAAAAAAAUCAUAUGGAAUCAGAUAUAUUUGGUUGUAAAAAGGAUAAUACUGAUUUCGUACCUGUUAAACAAACACGUAAUAUAACAAAUAAUAUUUUUGGAAAUCAACCUGAACAACCAAUUCAAAAAUCGAACAUCUAUUCUGAGAAAAAUAAAUCAACUAUAUUUGAUGAAGCACCACCUCAACAACCAUCAAAUAAACCUGAUCGUCAACGAUCAAAUAUAUUUGCUACAGAUGAACCUGUACAAUCAACAACAACAGCAACACGUCCAGUUUCGGAAAAAUAUAAAUCAAGUAUAUUUGGUAAUAAUGAUUAUGAUAUACAAAAUAAACGUCAACCAGGUACACGACAAGGUCUACGAGAUCCAAAUGCAUCACGCAUGGGUUAUAAUCCAAUAAAUGGUGAACCUUAUUCAAUUAAAGAUGGUUUAAAUUCAAAAGUUGAACAAACAGGAACGACAGAAAAUGAAAAAGAAUCUGAUGAUACAAGUAAAAUACCUGAAGAAAACAAUAGCGAACAAGUAGAAAAUGGAAAUACUGAUGUUACCGAAAAUGGUAAUACUGAAGGAUCAAACGAUAAACAAACCAAUGGUCAUUCUAAUGGUACCAAUGGACAUACUACCACAAAAGAUCCGCAUACAAGUGUUCGUGUUGCUCAUCCACCAGGUGGUCGAUCAAAUGGUCCACUUUGGUAA